AAAGAUUAGAGGUGUGGCUUCCGUUUCCGUCCAGGGUGGGUUGGUUGGCCUAACCCCAUCUUCAAUGUUGGUUUCUGGACAUGAAAAAGCGUUAAGACUUGUUUGCUAUAAAGGAGAAGUUCUGUUGUAAAUUCAUGUGCUGCUGACUUUGCUUCGUAAGUUUGUCUAAGAAAAGACUACAAAAUGGCAAGUCGUGGAAAGUCAGUUAAAAAGGUAAUGGAAGAAUAUGUAGACAGGAAUGAAACAGAAUUAGACCUACAAGACAGAGGAAUUGAAAAUCUUCUGGAUGUCCCAUUCCUUAGUCGGAUGAGAAAUGUCACAAGUCUAAUUUUGAGCCAUAAUAGGCUUGUAUCUCUACCACCAUCAUUAGCGGAUCUUACAAAUCUUGAGAAUCUGAAUUUGUUCAAUAACGAGCUGGAGAAUAUACCCACAACCAUUUGUAAUCUUCCAAAGCUGAAGUUCUUGAACCUCGCACUGAACCAUUUGAAGACAUUGCCUAAAGGUUUUGGUGCUUGCCCAAUGUUGGAAGUUCUUGAUCUCACAUACAACAACCUCACUGAGUCAUCACUGUCAGCAAAUUUCUUUUAUCUUGAGCCAUUAAGGGCAUUGUACCUUGGUGACAAUGAAUUUGAGGUUUUCCCAGGGGAUGUGAAACAUUUAAAAAACCUACAAGUGCUUGUCCUUCGAGAUAAUGAUCUCAUUGAGCUACCCCCUGAGGUUGGAGAGCUAUCGAGACUGAAAGAACUCCACAUACAAAAUAACAGACUACAGGUUUUACCUCCAGAAAUUGUUUCCCUUGAUCUCGUCAGCAAUAAGAGGGUUCUGAAAGGCGAGAAUAAUCCAUGGAUUUCAGAAAUCGCGGACCAGUUUGCACUCGGUGUUUACCAUGUCAUGACGUAUCUUAAAACAGAUGACUACAUGAUUCGCUACAAACGCUUCGUAGCUGAAAACAAACAACCACCACCCAAGAAAGAAAGAGAAAAGAGCCUAAAAAAGAAAAAGGAUGACAAGAAGAAAUGAAUAAAUCCUGGUUGACUGUAUAUAGUAUCUAUAUAAUUUCAUCGUUGCAGUGCAAAUAAAACUAAUUAUAAUGUGUUUAUCUGUUGUAAAAGGUUAACAUAUAUUCACGGUAUUGCAAGCAAAAGACUGAGGGAUGAUAUAGAAAAGCGAAUCUAUUAGAUCGAAAGGACAAACGGUGACAUUUAAAUGCAAAGAGUUUAGUAUUUUAUGCUCGUGUAUUUUUAUGAUAUUGAUGACAAAUUUGACAAAAUUUUUCAAGAUUGAUCCCUAAGUGCUGCAACAUUUUACCAUUUUGUAACUUUUUUAUCUCAAAAUGCUUACAAAAGUAACAAGCUAAACCCGUUUAUUAUUAACUUGCGUUCUGUUUUUCAAGCCCAUCAAUCUUUGACCUGCCUUGUAAAGUCAGCAGGGUGUUGGCACUCCUUGUAAACAAUGCCCAAAAGUCAUUUGCUCCUCCACUGUAGUCCUCUGUAUUUGAUUCUUCCGUGUAAUCAUUCCAUUUAACAGGACAAUAGUCGAUUCAUAUUUACAAUAGGCCUACCCGCAUCCAAAGUUUUAUUAUUAAUUAAUGAAAAUAGCCACAAGCAAAAAUUUUCUACCGUAAUUUGUAUUUUUCACAGUUUUGCUGUAAAUGAAAAGUGUAUAUUAAAAGAACUCAA